AUGAUUCGCCACUGUGUUCAACAAGAUCCCAGCAUCAUUCAAGGUCGACUUUUGCUACAAUCUAAACCAUACUGUCGUGCAUCAUUUCUUAUUGAAAUCGCAUUUCCAAAAGAAUAUCCAUUUAAAUGUCCUGAAAUAACAUUCGUAGAUCCUAUUUAUCAUCCGCUUGUUCAUAAAUCGAGCAAAAAUUGCGGAUGCAGUUGUAUUUUUCGCUUUUCAGCUCUUGACAUAUAUAAACCCUCAACAUCGCUGAGUGCUAUUGUUACAACUAUUAUUGAGACCAUUGAUAGUCCACUGACUAUUGAACAUUCCCAUAAUAAAGAACGUCUUGCAGAAUAUCGUAACGACUACCAGACAUUCUAUAAGAAAGCAUUAGAAUGGACACACUUAUAUGGACGACCACGUUAUUAA